GGCAAUAAUAUUGACAAAAACAUAAUCUAGUUAAUGGGUAUAAUCCUUUACAUCUUUACUCCCACAGCCUUACUUCUGGCGCAAUCCAUACUUGUUCAAUCUUAGGGCCAUCCAAAAUUGAACGACCUUGGAUUUCUCUUGGGACAAGCAACAACUUUACCGGAAUUUACGGCUGUCCCAUUUCUGUUUUAGUUGUGUCUAUCUCAUACCCAUGCCCGAGCAUAGUAUACGUCGCAACGGGCUCACGCAGCUCUCUAGCCCCGCAAAUGGAUUAUGCGAAGUCAACAUUAUUCUUGUACACGGGUUAAGGGGUCAUCCACAAACGACUUGGGAAGAUAACUCGACUAGAAGAAGCGAACACGUUGUGCCUACAAUAUGGCAAAGGCUCGGAAAACGAAAGCGAACUUCACGCCCGAACUCGACACAUAAUACAGACGACGAUGGCGAAGAGGGUGAAGAAGAUGAAAGCGAAACCCGUGGGAGCUCAUCAAUGCAACACAAUGUAUUCUGGCCACGAGACUAUCUUGUUGAGGAUUUCCCCAAAGCGAGAGUAUGGACAUAUGGAUACAAUGCCAAUGUCAUAAAUGGGAUGUUCCAAGCGAAUAACCAGAACAGCAUAUCGCAACACGGCAGAGAUUUCACUGUUCGGACUGAGCGCAUUUUAAAGGGCAAGGGAUUCAACGAGCCGAUCAUAUUCAUUGCCCACAGCCUCGGCGGAAUCAUCGUGAAAGAUGCAAUAUGCAGAUCAAAUUUCUGCUCUUCACGGACAAAGCUGAUUAUUUUCCUUGGGACGCCUCACAGAGGUAGUUCGAUGGCAGGAUGGGGAUCUAUCGCAUCGAACUUAGCCGCAUUUGCCCUGCAAGACUUUAACAAGCCAAUCGUCAGGAACCUACAAGUUAAUAGCGAAGUCCUCGACAAUAUUCACGCCCAGUUCAUAAACAGGGUUGGCGAAAAGGGUAUUAUGAUUCACUCAUUCCAGGAAGCAAGAGGCAUAACAGGCGUGAAAGGACUUGAGGGCAAGGUGGUAGACGAUUUUUCUUCCAAAGUCGGCUUACCGGAAAUGCAAGAAACAGUUGAGACAAUUGAUGCAGACCAUAUGCAGAUGGCAAGGUGCAGCAACAGGACGGACCAACAGUAUGAGAGUAUAUCCGGGGUUAUCCAACUAUUCAUCGCCGAGGGGUUUCAAAGGAGUGUCCCUCCAAGUAUCGCUAGCAAACCCCUUUUUCAUGUUCCGCACCUUAGAAAUGAACAUUUUGGCGGUCGAGACCAAAUUCUAAAAGAGAUCGAAAACCACUUUUUCGUCAAGAAACGCAGGAGAUUAGCAGUUUUUGGCCUAGGGGGUGCCGGGAAAACCCAAGUGGCCCUAGAGUUUGCGUACCGGUUGCGAGACCGCGAGCCUGAGUAUUCUGUCUUCUGGGUGCUAGCACAGAGUCAAGCAACUUUUGAGCAAUCAUAUGCGGGCUUGGCUAAGUUGCUUCGGAUAUCCGGCGAAGGGGACCAGAAAAUGCUGGUAAAGCAACAUCUCAGCUCCGAGAAUGCCGGGAAGUGGCUUCUGAUCGUUGAUAAUGCGGACGAUCACGAAGCAACAUUUGAAUCGAACGAUUCAACUGGUAUGAUCAAAUACCUACCUCAAAACAGCCGUGGCUUAACCCUCUUCACUACGCGGUUAAAAGAAGUAGCCGUGGACGUAGCGAUAAACAAUAUGGUCGAGCUCGGAGGAAUGAAUCCCGAAGAGGCAACAAAUCUCUUCAAAACACAUAGCAUAAAUCAUCCCGACCAAAACGAAACGAUAAUCGAGGAACUGGUUAAGGAACUUACGUAUCUUCCCCUUGCCAUCGUACAGGCCGCUUCAUAUAUGAACAAGAAUACGAUGUCAGUCGAGAAGUACCUUGGCCUAUUACAGGGUGAAGAGAGCAACGCUAUUAAGCUAAUGGAACGAGAUUUCUAUGAUAAUACUCUGGAUAUGACCAAGGCGGUUCUGAAGACGUGGACUGUGUCUUUUGAACAAAUUCGAAAGUGCGAUCGCAUCGCAGCAGAGAUGUUCUCGUAUAUGGCUUGCCUCGAUCCAAAAGCUAUCCCACAAUCGCUUUUACCUGCCCAGCAGUUGGAGGUGGACUUCGAACAUGCGAUUGGUACACUUCUAGGAUACGCAUUUAUAACUCGACGAGAGGAUGGUUCUAUGUUUGAUAUGCACAGGCUGGUACAUAUAGCGAUACGAGCAUGGCUGCAGGACCACGGCCUAAAACGGAUAAGAACCGACGCGAUUACCUAUCUUUCGUCGGUUCCGUUAUUUGGAUGCUGCCGAUGCCGAAUAGCACAUAAAGUAUGGAGAGAAUAUAUAUCACAUGCUUUACGCUUGCUUGAAGAAAGUAGAGAUUGCCAAAUGAGGGAGAUAUAUGAAUUAUCUUGCAACGUUGGAGCGUAUCUCGAACACAUCAGACGAUUUAGAGAAGCAAUCAAAGUAUUAAGCAAAGCCGUUGCGUGGAGAAAAGAGCACAACUUUCAAGACGAUAUCCUACAGUACCCAUUAGAGUACUAUUUGGCAAAUGCAUAUUCUCAAAUAGGACAGCAUCAGCGCGCGAUUGAGUUAUUGGAACCCAUGGUGGUCGUUGAAGAUGAGAGCCCCAUUCAAGUGGCAAUGCAAUUCACGUUGGCAGGCGCAUACAUUAACGAUAAGCAGGUUGAGAGGGCGAUCAGGAUGUAUGAGCGUACUGCGGUCAUCUAUGAGACGUUACCAGAAGAUCACCCCGAUCGAUUAACAGCAACACAUCAGCUAGCAUUGGCAUCGAAUGCCAAUGGCCAAUCAGAGGAUGCGAUUAAGAUGUUUGAGCGUAUUAUACCCAUAUUGAGAGAAGUUUUGGGCAAGGAGCACGUCAACGUACUGACAACAGAGCACGCGCUGGCAACGACAUAUUAUGAAAUUGGCCAGUUUGAGGAAACGAUCAGCAUUUUGGAGCGCAUUAUAUCUAUUAUGAAGAAAAACUUGGCGGAAGACGAUCUUUUUUACCUUGAUUCACAACUAUGGUGUGCCGACACAUACUGUAAGACUAACCGAGCUAAAGAAGCCAUCAGGUUAUAUGAGCAUGUCAGAACUGUUCAAAAGAAGAUGUGGGCAGAGGACGACAAACAGUUACUCACCUUGGAGAAUAACUUAGCAGUCGCCUACCUGAAGAAUAGACAGCUUGAAGAAGGAAUUAACCUGCUUGAGCAUGUUGUCGCUAUUCAAAAAGCAACAUUGGCUAAAGAUGACAUCUCUAAACUACAACCAGAGCGAAACCUAGCAGAUGCAUAUAUUGAAUACGGCAAGAUUGAGGAUGCAAUUAAGAUACUCGAGCGCGUGAUUGCGAUAUUAUUAACUAUAGUUGAUGAAGAUGACAAGUUCCUGAUUGAUUCACGAGAACUACUCGCCAAGGCAUAUGAUGCGCGCUGAGGGUAUUCGUUUCUUUAAAUUACAACUCAGCUUGCAUAUAGUAUGAGCAACGAUAUUUACGCAGUACCAUAAUGAAACCACGUUCAUAGUAAUGCAUAACACUCCAUGAACAGCCAAG